GGCAUUUCUUCUAUUACUGCGGUGAACCAGUCCUAGAUGUGAAAAUAGCCUUUUGUCAGGUGUGUGUUCCUUACAGGUAAAAUAAGGGUUUUGGUAAACAAUUGGAUGUGUCAUACAUUGGCAAGCAUUACAACAUGAGCAAAUGCAAAGUGGACAACCAGUUCUACAGUGUGGAAGUAGGAGAUUCCACCUUCACAGUUCUCAAACGUUACCAGAAUCUAAAAUCCAUCGGUUCUGGAGCUCAGGGAAUCGUCUGUGCCGGGUACGAUGCAGUCCUCGACAGAAACGUGGCCAUCAAGAAGCUCAGCAGACCCUUUCAGAACCAGACCCAUGCCAAGAGGGCAUACAGGGAACUGGUGCUCAUGAAAUGUGUCAAUCACAAAAAUAUCAUCAGUUUAUUAAAUGUUUUCACACCACAGAAAUCACUAGAAGACUUUCAGGAUGUGUACCUGGUGAUGGAGCUAAUGGAUGCCAACCUAUGCCAGGUGAUUCAGAUGGAGCUAGACCAUGAGAGAAUGUCCUACCUGCUCUACCAGAUGCUGUGUGGCAUCAAACACCUGCACUCAGCUGGAAUUAUACACAGGGACCUGAAACCUAGCAAUAUAGUGGUGAAGUCUGAUUGUACGCUGAAGAUCCUGGACUUUGGCCUGGCAAGGACUGCAGGCACCAGCUUCAUGAUGACUCCGUACGUGGUGACACGGUACUACAGAGCUCCAGAGGUCAUCCUGGGCAUGGGGUACAAAGAGAACGUGGAUAUAUGGUCGGUGGGGUGCAUUAUGGGAGAAAUGGUGCGUCACAAAAUCCUGUUCCCUGGCCGUGACUAUAUCGACCAAUGGAAUAAAGUGAUUGAGCAGCUGGGCACACCCUUACCAGAGUUUAUGAAGAAGCUGCAGCCCACUGUCCGUAACUAUGUCGAGAACAGACCCAAAUACGCAGGCCUCACCUUUCCCAAGCUUUUCCCCGACUGCCUCUUCCCUGCAGACUCAGAGCACAACAAACUCAAAGCUAGCCAGGCCAGAGAUCUGUUGUCUAAGAUGUUGAUUAUUGAUCCAGCCAAGCGGAUACAAGUGGACGAAGCCUUACAGCACCCCUACAUCAACGUUUGGUACGACCCAGCCGAGGUGGAGGCGGCCAGGGAUCUCGUCCAAAUAUCAAUGCCUCCUCCUGCUAUCUACGACAAACAGCUGGAUGAGAGAGAACACUCUAUCGAUGAAUGGAAAGAACUAAUCUACAAAGAGGUGAUGAACUUUGAGGAGAGGACGAAGAACGGGGUGGUGAAGGGACAACCCUCUCCCUCAGGUGCAGCCGUGAACAGCAGUGGUGAGAGCCUCCUUUCCCCCUCCGUCAACGAUAUCUCCUCCAUGUCCACCGACCAGACACUGGCCUCAGACACUGACAGCAGCCUGGAGACCUCCGCAGGACCCCUGGGGUGUUGCAGGUGACUAGCAGCCUGCCUGCGCAACCCAAUGUUCUUCAGAAGGUGAAAUGCAAUGUCCAACCAACCAACCCACCAAAACCUGAAAAAGAACAAAGAUUAUUAAAAAGAAAAAAAGUAUCAUCUUAAAAGGGAUUUAAGAAAACGUAAAGAAUAAUGAUUAUUAAGCUUGCAUUUUCAUUCAAAAAGAAAAAACAAUGAAAUAUGAACUUCUUGUUACUUUACUUAUACACCCCAUCCUCCAUCAAAAUAUGGCACCAUUAAAAAAAACACACAAAAAACACUGAGACAGUCAUCUUUCUGUGAAGUGUAAAUUGACCGGCUGCUGGUAACCCAAAUUCCUUGCAGGCGCCUGUUCUUCAGUCGAUGUGGCAAAGUGGGCCCUUUUCAUACAAUACUGUACAGCAAUAUACACUGCUCAAAAAAAUAAAGGGAACACUAAAAUAACACAUCCUAGAUCUGAAUGAAUGAAAUAUUCUUAUUAAAUACUUUUUUCUUUACAUAGUUGAAUGUGCUGACAACAAAAUCACACAAAAAUUAUCAAUGGAAAUCAAAUUUAUCAACCCAUGGAGCUCUGAAUUUGGAGUCACACUCAAAAUUAAAGUGGGAAACCACACUACAGGCUGAUCCAAUGUUGAUGUAAUGUCCUUAAAACAAGUCAAAAUGAGGCUCAGUAGUGUGUGUGGCCUCCACGUGCCUGUAUGACCUCCCUACAAUGCCUGGGCAUGCUCCUGAUGAGGUGGCGGAUGGUCUCCUGAGGGAUCUCCUCCCAGACCUGGACUAAAGCAUCCUCCAACUACUGGACAGUCUGUGGUGCAAUGGAGCGAGAUAUGAUGUCCCAGAUGUGCUCAAUUGGAUUCAGGUCUGGGGAACGGGCGGGCCAGUCCAUAGCAUCAAUGCCUUUCUCUUGCAGGAACUGCUGACAGACUCCAGCCACAUGAGGUCUAGCAUUGUCUUGCAUUAGGAGGAACCCAGGGCCAACCGCACCAGCAUAUGGUCUCACAAGGGGUCUGAGGAUCUCAUCUCGGUACCUAAUGGCAGUCAGGCUACCUCUGGCGAGCACAUGGAGGGCUGUGCGGCCCCCCAAAGAAAUGCCACCCCACACCAUGGCUGACCCACCGCCAAACCGGUCAUGCUGGAGGAUGUUGCAGGCAGCAGAACGUUCUCCACGGCGUCUCCAGACUGUCACGUCUGUCACAUGUGCUCAGUGUGAACCUGCUUUCAUCUGUGAAGAGCACAGGGCGCCAGUGGCGAAUUUGCCAAUCUUGGUGUUCUCUGGCAAAUGCCAAACGUCCUACACGGUGUUGGGCUGUAAGCACAACCCCGACCUGUGGACGUCGGCCCUCAUACCACCCUCAUGGAGUCUGUUUCUGACCGUUUGAGCAGACACAUGCACAUUUGUGGCCUGCUGGAGGUCAUUUUGCAGGGCUCUGGCAGUGCUCCUCCUGCUCCUCCUUGCACAAAGGCGGAGGUAGCGGUCCUGCUGCUGGGUUGUUUGUCCUCCUACGGCCUCCUCCACGCCUCCAUGCUCUGGACACUAUGCUGACAGACACAGGAAACCUUCUUGCCACAUCUCGCAUUGAUGUGCCAUUCUGGAUGAGCUGCACUACCUGAGCCACUUGUGUGGGUUGUAGACUCCGUCUCAUGCUACCACUAGAGUGAAAGCACCGCCAGCAUUCAAAAGUGACCAAAACAUCAGCCAGGAAGCAUAGGAACUGAGAAGUGGUCUGUUGUCCCCACCUGCAGAACCACUCCUUUAUUGGGGGUGUCUUGCUAAAUGCCUAUAAUUUCCACCUGUUGUCUAUUCCAUUUGCACAACAGCAUGUGAAAUGUAUUGUCAAUCAGUGUUGCUUCCUAAGUGGACAGUUUGAUUUCACAGAAGUGUGAUUGACUUGGAGUUACAUUGUGUUGUUUAAGUGUUCCCUUUAUUUUUUUGAGCAGUGUAUAAACCUCCAUUCACUUUCCCCUAUGUGACUGUAUUGCUAUGUUUUAAUAACCUCUAGGUUUGGUCCUUGGGUUUGUCUCCUGUGUGGGUGACAGAUUGGUGUGUUUUCAUGUGAUUAUUUCCACAGGUGUUAGUGCUAGUGCUCGACACUGCAUAGCACCCCCGCCCUUUGUAAAUAUGUAAUUCUGUACAGCUGUGACAGACAGACAGGCAGACAGGCAGGCAGGCAGUCAGUACUGGAUGUUCUUCUGUAGCACACCUUGCCACAUGACAUCACCACCUUGACCCCUGACAUUUGACCCCUAACCUUUCACCUUAGUUUGACCCGUUGCCUUUUAGUCCUGCUGCAUGAUUACAAAAGCUAACACUAAUUAUAUGAUAAAUUACAACUAUAAAUACUUUUGUUUAUAAUACCAUUUAACGUAAUUGAACUUCUUUUCAACCAUAUUGGUGACGAAACCUGUGGAUGGGGAGCUUCGGUUGAUGAUGGAUAUAUAAAUAUACAUACAGUGUGUGAUCUUCUGCAGGUUUGGGUUCAAUUCCAUUUCAAUUCAAUUCAGUCAAUUCUGAAUGUCAACUGAAAUUCCAAUUCCACAUUUCUCAUUGAAAUGCAUUUUUUAUUUUACCUUUAUUUAACUAGGCAAGUCAGUUAAGAACAAAUUCUUAUUUUCAAUGACGGCCUAGGAACAGUGGGUUAACUGCCUUGUUCAAGGGCAGAACGAUAGAUUUGACCUUGUCAGCUCGGGGAUUCGAUCUUAUGACAACCUUUCGGUUAUUGGUCCAACGCUCUAACCACUAGGCUAGGAAAAUUGGAAUAAGAACUAGAAUUAACUGAAUUGACAUGUAAAUUCACCCACACCCUGUUGCUGAGCUGGAACCUUAAGUUCUCGUAGUUGGUUUGUGUUUUUGUGAAAUGAAAUCUUUUCUGACUGCAUCCCUGCACCACUCCACUGUCUGUGGACAGUCCCACCCACAGCCUUGCAUGUCAUUCCCAAUGUCACCUCACCACAACCAGGAAGGUCACUCAUUCUGUUUCUGUGUCACUACUGUGGUGUGAAGGAGAGUAGUUCAGGAGACAGUCGCCUUAUAUGUGUAUUACUGUCAGAAGCACAGAACAGUUUGGGGGGGGUUACCUCUUUUUUUUCUUUUUUUUUCCUCAAAUUGCAUCCAUUUUAAUUUACAUUGAAUGAGUACUACCUUAAUGCCAUAUUUUGUCAAAAGGGAAUCCGAUGAUAUACCGACUACCUAUAAAACCAGUAAUGUUAAAUAUAAUUUUUGACUGGAAGUUUAUUUAUUAUUGAUUUAUUUAUUAUUUUCAUUGACUGAAUCAGAAUAAUGGGAAGUGCCUUGUUUGGAAUGAUGCCGUUUCCUCAUCUUAGAUAUACAACGAUGCGUGCACUGAAAUUAAGCUAAAGAUUGACGGACCCCAUUACUGAGAUGCUGAAUUUAGGUAUUAUUUGAAGUAGAAUCUGAAGUUGGUGUCUGUUAGGAUUGCAAUAUUUCUGGUAACUUUCCCAAAAUUAUGGGUUUUUCCAUAAAUAUCAGUUGGAGGAUUCCCAGUUGGAAGAUUCCCUCACUGAUUAUUCCCUUGUCCAACCAGGAUUUUCUGGAAAACCUGGACAUUUUUUGGAAAGUUACCAGAAAUGUUGAAACCCGAGUGUCUAGCGUGUCCUGUUCAAUCUGAUUCCGCAUGAUGUCACACCCAUUGUCUGCACAUACUGUAGAUGCACAUAGUCACCACUACUGACCAAUGCCCAUGCCCUAUUGGAACUAUACUACGACCAUUACCAUGUUAUUGUUGCAUCUUUGAAUAACUAAAUAAUGUAGAAUUUAAACCUACUUUUUAAAACACAAUGGACUUGUUAUCAUCAGAUAGUCAUCAUCAUAUAAAUGUUCUUCUGACCUAUAUAGUUACCUAGCAACUGAGCAGAAUACCUCCUAAUUUGUAUGGUUUUGUUUUGUAUCUGUAAAUGUCUUAUUUGAUCAGUGUCCUUACAUUUCAAUAAAGGGAUGAAAUAA